AUGAAGUUUUGCGGUCUUCCUUAUGAUGUAAGUCGAUUUUUUGAUAUUUUAUACUGUUUUUGUUGUGAUUAAAAUAUUUUUUUGAAUCAUGAUAGGUGUAAGGUUUAAUUUAAAGAUUUAUUAUGUACAAAUAAAACAAUUUUAAAUUAAGUUUUAAUUAUUAAGAAAACUUUUUGAAGUGUUGUAAAGGUAAGAACAUUUAGGUAUCAAAAAGAGUUAUAAAAUUUUCAAAGAACGACGAAGAGAACCUGGCCAGGUUGUGUGAUGUACAUCCAACAUUUUACAAAUUGAUAAAAAAUGACUACAAAGCGUUAUGUUGCAAGUACCAUGUAUACAGGCUGAAGAACGAGACAUGGGCUUAUGCGUUUUCACAGUAAGACACGUUUGUAUAUAUUUCUUUAUUUUUGAUUUUUGCAUUAUGUUAAAUUAUAAAACGUUAGAAUAGUACAAUUUUUGUCUUGUAGAUUUUUACAAAUUACAUAAAAAAAACUUUGAAACAAAUUACUUUAGAGCCCCUAAAAGAUCAUACAACAGCGUAAAUUCAUUUGAAUGUAACCAAAGUCGUAGUGGCGAUCGUAUGGUACUUCCUUACAAUAACGCUGUUACAAUAAUAUCGCUUGACUUCCAUAACCCAUUUUGUAAGUACUGGUACACUCACAACAAAGUAGUCAACUUUAUGCUUGCUCAAAAAGGACAUUGGCUUAUAGUUCAAACAGCAUGCGAUGGCAAAGUUGAAGAUGAAGUGACUGUCUACAGUAUGAAAACAGGCAUUCUGUUGAUGAAGAGGUCGGCACAUCCAAAUGAUAUUCACGAUGGUUGCGUUAACACAAAGGAUGGCUAUCUAUGGGAUGCUAUGUCCAUGAGAGAGUAUAAGUUGAACCUGUCAGCUGGUGCGUCUUUGCAUUUGUUUGGUCACGAUAAGACAGCCAGACUUAUAUAUUAUACGACAAGUGACCAGCAACUGUGUGUUAUUGAUACAGAAACGUCUACCACCUAUGUUAUUCAUGACAAAAUUUCAAUUAAUGUUCGUCCUAUGAUUAACACACAAAAAGGCACUAUUAUGGUAUACACUACAGGGCUUUAUUUGGUUUACGACAUUUUAACCGGCAAAAAAAUCGAAAAUACGACGUAUUGCUUUAUGUGUUAUGAGCGUGAUGAAAUAGAUCACCAUUACGUCUGUAUGUUAUUUUUAAAAUUAUUUACUUAAAACUGUUUUAAAGUUUGUAAACACAUUGUUAACGUGUACUGGUAUUUGAUAGCUGAUUAAAACAAAAAUAUUUUAAUAAAAAAUUAUUCUAAAAUCAAUAUUAUAAUAUUUCAGAUGUUCAUUAUGCUGACAAGAUAAACAAUAAUGCCAAAAGAACAAUAGGAAGACUGCGUGAGAUCCUAGAAGAAGAUCAAAAAAAGAUAAUGCAAAUGUCAAGAUUCCAUGACGACCUCAUCGACCUUAAACCCAAGUUCCUAGAUCUUCUGUUAGUUGUUGGUCUGACAAAUGGCACGGCACAAAAAAGGAGAUUAUAG